AUAUUCAGAGUGAAAACCUGAGAGAUCCUAAAGUUGAGGUUAAAGAAGAGAUAAAAAGAGGAUGAGGAUGGGGGGAUGGAGGAGUCAGAGCUUCUAAAAGAACACAAAGAUCUGUACCAGGACACCAUGGUGGAGUCAUCCAGCUACAGGAACCCACCAGAGAGAUGUCCCCGUCCUCUGUAUUCCCGGGAUUCACACAGGGAGGUCACACCAUCCCUCACCAUCAUCAGAGUGGAGAUCCAAUCGAUAUAGAAUUUGAGGUGAAAGCAGAAGAAGAAGAGGCGUAUGUGAGGGUGUUGAUCAGCAGUCUAUGGAGGAGGGAUGGAAUAACGGGGACAUUUAUAGAGGAGGACACUCCUACACGAGAUCUGCACAGUCCAUGGCCGGAAGAUGAGGGUAAACCUUCCGAGGAUUGUCUCACUUUGUCUCCAGACUGGAAAGUCAGGAUCCUUGUUCAGGACAUGACCCCGUCUCAGUACAGGAGGAGAAGGCCGGGCUCCCUCCAAUGUACA